CAAGAGAGUUACCAACAUGCUGGCGACUUACACCCGUCUGAUCCUGCGAUACAAAUUUUUGGUCUACUUUGGGGCCUUGAUCGUUUUGAUGGCGUUGGUGCACCAGAUUGGGGAGAAUGUUGAAAGGUGGAGUCGUCGGGACCAGUCUGGCCAUUUUCACGAGGUGUUUGAUCCGCAGAAUCGCAUUCAGAUUUGUACGUCAUUCCACAGCAGAGAGUGCACGCCGAUGCCAAUCGAUCUGGUGUACACGUGGGUGAACGGCACAGAUGACAACUUGCUGAGGGACAUUGCGGCGGUCAAAGAGCAGCUGGCGGAAGAAGAACGAGCUCUGAGAGAGACGCUAAAAUGCCCGCUGUCCCGCUGCAUUUCAGCACCCAUGCUGGUGCUCGAUCCCGCCCUGCCGGCCGGCAUCACGCUUCAUGAGCUGCCCUUGCAGUUGCCCUCCCUUUCAGAUGCAAAAGCACUGCUGCGACUGGACAAACCGCUCCAACCCUCCAACGCUGUCUCCGUGGUCAUCUUCCAUUCACAGGCUGAUGCUGACAAAGCCUUGACAGUUGAGCUCAGCGACGACCAGAAAUUCUUGCUCUCCAAAUGUUACCUGACCACAGAGAAAGAGACUCCAGGCGCCAUACCCAUGAACACCCUGGCUUAUGUGACUGGAUUCCCAGGAUCCUUCAAGGUGUCAGAAGAGCUGCGAGCCAAAUUACCGACGGCCAUCACGGACAAGAUGACAGCGUUGGAGUUGUACCCCGAAGCCAACAUCGCUCUCCUCUACCUCAAAAGUCCACAGCAUUUGACUGAUCUCCUCCAUGAAGCUAAAAACGACCUGACUCUGGAUGGGAAGCAGUUGGCCAUCAGCCCCGUCUACUUGUUCUGGGAUUUUUCCCAGGUGCCAUCUUUCCAGAUAAAGCCAGGUCCAAAAGACGUUCUGACAACCAAUCGCUUUGAAGACAAUGGCGCACUCCGACAUUCACUGCGAUCCGUGGAGAAAUACGCUCCAUGGGUGCGACAUAUUUUCGUCGUCACAAACGGGCAGAUUCCUUUCUGGCUGAACUUGGAGAACCCCCGAAUUUCAGUUGUCACACAUCAGGAAAUCUUCUUGAACCCCGGCGACCUCCCCACCUUCAGCUCCCCCGCGAUCGAGAGCAACCUCCACCGCAUCCCGGGAAUCGCUCAGAAGUUCAUUUACCUCAACGAUGAUGUGAUGUUUGGCAAAGACGUCUGGGUUGAUGACUUCUACACCCCAUCGAAUGGGCAGAAAGUCUAUCUCACUUGGCCUUUUUCCCCUUGUUCCAAGGGCUGUCCAGGAAGCCUGAUAGAGAACGGGAAGUGUAAUAAAGAAUGCAACAACCUUGCCUGUGAUUGGGACGGAGGCGACUGCAAGGCAAGGAACCACAGGUCUGUGCGCAGUGCUGGGAAUGCGGGGGACAAGAGAGGUUCUGAAGUGGAAGCGUCUGGUGCUGCUGCAUCUCCACUGAGGAGGAAUCUCCAAGAGUUUGUCCCUUCUGAUGAAGGCUUUCUAUCCUGGGAGGAGUCCAAGUUGUUUAACGCUCUCCUGGAGGAAGAAGAACGUCACCAGAGAGCGCUAAUGUAUGAGACCAAUGGCGCCGCUUUUGGUCGAAAGCUGCAGAACAGUUUUACCGAAUCGCUACGAUACGUGGACAGGCUGUACAACCGCAAGUUUGGCGUCAUGUCUCGUAAAACUAUCGCGCACACACCCCACAUGAUUGACAAGUUGGUCAUGCAGGAGCUGCAGAACAUGUUCCCAAAAGAAUUUGAGAAGACCUCCGGCCAUCGUUUGCGCCACUCGGAAGACAUGCAGUUUGCCUUUUCAUACUUUUACUUCCUGAUGAGCGUCAAGCAGAAGGCUAACGUUUCAGAGGUGUUUGACACAGCGGAUAAGGACCGGUCUGGUGUUCUGUCCGAUCCGGAGAUUGAAGCCUUUGCUAUGAGAAUCCACAAGCAACGCCUCAAUCCUACGGACUUGAAAAGUUUAGCUAAUGACUUGAUCACCUGCUCUAAAAAUGAAGUCAUUCAGAACCUCAGAACGAAACACCGUCAAGAGGUUUACAUUGACCAAAACAUGCCUCAGAUCACAAAAGAUCUGGUCCUGAACUGCAAACCCGUCACGGAUCGUAUUCGUCAAGCCUUCCCAGACCAGAAGAAGUACAAGUACCAGAUCAUGGGGGAGCAGGAGAUCCAUUUCAGGUUAAUUACGAACAACAUGGCCAGCGCUCUUCGGCAUUUUCAAGAAGUUCGGACCCAACCAAAAAAGUUCAUCUGCAUGAACGACGACAUUGAUCACAGCAAAAGCAACGCCAAGGAAGUGCAAAUGAAGAUGGCCGAAUUCUACCACGCCAUGUUCCCGCAGCCGUCCCAGUUUGAACUGCCCAAAGAAAAGAUCAACAGGUUCCUGUACAUGGACGAGCUCCAUAAAUGGCAAGCUUACCAGGACAGGUUGAGGUUCUACAGGUACUGCGUCAUUGUGGUCCUCGUCAUCUUCACUCUCAGGUUCAUCUCCAAAAAGAUUAUUCACUUGAAACGACAGAUGCUGCACGGAGGAAAAGUGUUCCAGUUGUAGAAAUGUCAGGAAAUCAAUCCAGUCUAGCUGCACGGCGGACGAGUGGUUAGCGCGUAGGGUACACAGCUUGGAGACCCGAGUUGGAUGCUACCCUUGACCAUCUCUGUGAGGAGUUUGCAUGUUCUCCCCGUGCGUGCAAGGGUUUUCUCCGGGGACUUCGGUUUCUUCUGAGACUGGAUUAAUUCAUUCAUCUUCACGAGGGUUGCAGGGGGUGCUGGAGCCUAUCCCAGCUGCGAGGUACACCCUGGAGUGGUGGCCAGCCAAUCACAGGGCACAUAUAGACAAACAACCAUUCACACUCACAUUCAUACCUAUGGACAAUUUGGAGUGGCUAAUUAACCUAGCAUGUUUUUGGAAUGUGGGAGGAAACCGGAGUACCCGGAGAAAACCCACUCAUGCAAACUCCACACAGAGAUGGCCGAGGGUGGAAUUGAACCCUGGUCUCCAAGCUGUGUGGCCUGCGCACUAACCACUUGGCCCCUUGUAAUAUUCAUUCAUUCAUUUUCUACCGCUUAUCCUCACGUGGGGUGCUGAAGUCUAUCCCAGCUGUCGUCUUGGGGCGAGAGGCGGGGUACACCCUGGACUGGUGGCCAGCCAAUCACAGGGCACAUAUAGACAAACAACCAUUCACACUCACAUUCAUACCUAUGGACAAUUAACCUAGCAUGUUUUUGGAAUAUGGGAGGAAACCGGAGUACCCGGAGAAAACCCACGUAUACACGGGGAGAACAUGCAAACUCCACACAGAGAUGGCCGAGGGUGGGAUUGAACUCGGGUCUCCUAGCUGUGUGGCCCUUGUAAUAUUGUCAUUCAUUCAUUCAUUCAUUUUCUACCGCUUUUUCCUCACAAGGGUCGCGGGGGGUGCUGGAGCCUAUCCCAGCUGUCUUCUUGGGGCGAGAGGCGGGGUACACCCUGGACUGGUGGCCAGCCAAUCCCAGGGCGCAUAUAGACAAACAACCAUUCACACUCACAUUCAUACCUAUGGACAAUUUGGAGUGGCUAAUUAACCUAGCAUGUUUUUGGAAUGUGGGAGAAAACCCACGCAUGCAAACUCCACACAGAGAUAGUCGUGGGUGGAAUUGAACUCGGGUCUCCUAGCUGUGUGGCCCUUGUAAUAUUGUCAUGUUGAAAAUAAAAAGCUUUAUUCAUCCUUCUUUUCAUUUACAGUAUGCAGAACAUGGGCGUUUCCAUGGAAACAGUGUCAACAUUAAUUUAUCCUCCUCCACAAUCGGACGCUUCCUUACGCUGCUUUCAUUCCUAUCUGACAGGAAGGACAGAGUUUGUAGCACUGGGCGAUGCCCACGUGGCGGACCCUCAUUGUCGCUUGUGGGGUCCCCCAGGGCUAAGUGCUCGGUCUGAUUCCCUGGAAGUUUGUGCUUCCAUUUCAUAACAUGUAAGAUUACAGUCGUGGAUUCAGGUGAGAAAGCCGCCCAAGGAUGGUUCAUAAUGUGGCAAACACGCCUACGCUGUGUAAUGCAGACCAACUAGUCCCAUCCAGUCACUCUUGAUUGGGACUUGAUGAGCAGGUCAGAACCAGGACCAGGACCAGGGGUCCUCCUAUUCUUCAUCCUUUUCAACGUUCUUGUCACUUCCUCUUUAACAAUCUUUGCUACUACUCUGUCAGUCCACUUCCAUUCCUAUCCACCAACCAACUCUCUACCUUAUCCUAUCCUGAGUUCCAUUCCAAUAUUCAAAAUCCCGACUCUCACUUCGAGGUUCUUGGCGCUCCUCUUCUCCUUCUUCCUUUAUUAGUUAUUUUUAUA